AAUUUUAACAGUGCAAUAACUGCCGUAUUAGAUCUAUUUCAUUGUUGAACUUGUUGACAAUUAUCAACUUACCAUAAGAUCCCAAUUAAGUACCCAUUGAAAACUGUCUAAGUGUGGAGAUAACAAAAAAUCCAGAAAAGGAAGAACCUCAGCCCCACUAACAAGAAAGCUUAUCCAAUACAUAAUCUACCCAAAAAGAGAAGACAAAUCAAAAUGGUGAAGAAGAGAGGAGUAGUAUGGAAUUACUACAACAAAAAAGUUGAUGGAACAACGGUGACAGCAUUCUGCAAAUUCUGUCAUCGUUCCUACAUUCAAAAUGCAACAAGAAUGGAGAAGCAUCUGGCGAGGUGUGAUAAGGCAUCGCCGGACGUUAAGAAUUUGUUCUUACGCGUCUCCACGAGCAAAAGAGUCAACAGAGCGCGUCUUCUGGGUGCUAAGCUGCCAGAGGGUUGGACAAAGCGUAACGAAGAGAUUGGACAGUUGGAUGUCAGUGCAUUGACUGAAGCAGACCUCGAGGAUAUCGACGAGUGGAAUAGACAGAAGCAGAUGCAGGAGGAUGAUCCUGCCCAGAAUAUGACAUUUAGUGAGGAUGGGGAUGACGAUGGUGGGUGGGAUGGGAGACACAAUGACAUUCAUGGGAUUAAUCAUCAGGGUCAGGCCAGGAGCACAGAUCCUCUGGUUCAGAUCCAUACUGUUGCUGUUGACGAUCGGAAAAUGCCGAUGCGAAAAUCUGAAUCAGAUCACAUGAAUCGCUCCCACACAGCCACAUCUGUAUCCAAUCUAGAGCCACAUUUAAAUCAAUCGGGUGUCCACUCACCCCUGCAAACGAAAAUCCUCCAGGAGCAGUUACUCGAGAAAAGGGCCCAACGGAAAAUAGCAGAACUGGAGUUGCGACGUAAAGCCCUGGAGUUAGAACGAUAUCAGUGGGAAUACGAGAGAGAUAAAGCGAGGAGUGAAGAGACAUGGGCACAUGAGUCACGUAUGAUGCAGUUGAAAGAGGAACGUGAGCAGAGACUCAUGGCAGAGAGUUCCUACGACAUAAAACAAUAAUUUCCACUAUUUUAAUACUUUCCAUUCAUUUUUUUAUUAUUUUAAAUAUCAUGACAUGUUAAAGCCCCCAAGCGAGAAUAAAGCGUUUCUUUCAUGCAA